UCUUUCUCUCUCCUCACUAAAAAUUAUCCGACUGGACCGAGGACUUACAGUGUGAUGUACAGCUGCAGAGUCCUCAAAUCCCCAAUUUGAUUCAACCAAACCACUUACUAUUCAUUAACAAUGGACCAGUUCUGGUCUGCUCCUCCUGUCACUAGGACCUUGACUGCACUUACUUUUGUCCAGUCCCUUUUAGUCUAUGGUGGCCUACACAGUGCUUAUUAUGUUCCGUUUUUGACAAGACUUGUCUUCAAGUUCCCGCCGGAAGUAUGGCGACUAGGGUCAUCGUUUCUACUGACGGGCCCCCAACUCGACUUUAUAUUUGAUCUUUACUUCAUGUUUACCUAUGGCAGCGCCUUGGAGACAAACUCGCCGCGGCUCAACGGCCCUGGUGAUUUCUUCACCUAUGUGUUCUUCGUAGCUACUGUCAUUUUGCCGAAGCUCACCGCAGGCUGCUACUUGGAAGGUGGAAUCUUUACCUCCGCAUUGAUCCUGGCGUUUGUUUACACCUAUGCCCAUCAUAACAAGGGAAUAAAGACCAGAUUCUAUUUCUUUCAGAUACGUGUGGAGUUUCUCCCUUGGGCCAUGCUUGUGAUUACGAUGGUCCGUUUUGGUUGGCGUGCUGCGCUACUAGAAAGUAUGGGAAUCGUCGCUGCCCACAUGUACGAAUUCCUUACGCGUAUCUACCCGGCAUUUGGCGGCGGCAAAAACUACAUUACGACCCCAGGCUUCAUCAGAAGGCUUUUCAUCAAAACAUCGCGUGAAACGUAUCGAUCCUAUGGAACAGCCUACCGAUCAACAGGACAAACCCCGGCAUCGGCAUCCCCGGCGUCCGAAGAACCGAGAGGUUGGACCUCCUCCACUCAAAACUCGUGGAGUGGAAGGGGAACAGGAAGGAGAUUGGGCGGUGGUUAAAGAACUGUAGGCAUUCAUGAGCAAGACCGAAUUGUGAUGGUGUGGUCAUUAUCAGUCGCUGGGUUUGAAGCCCUAAAUACGGAGUACUGCAGCAGUUAGAUUGAAGCGCUCCCAUUGAACUCUGAACUAGUAAUACAUACUGUACUCCGUACUCCAUAGUAAUAAUUCGAAAUUCCAUGUGGAUGGCCUUUUCGGUGGUAUUAAGUCACGUGAUGCUAACAGAAGUGGAUCCACGCGCUAAACCG